AGAAUAGAAGUAAACUAGAAACCCUUUUUCUAACCAGAAGCCUGUCCAUCGGCACGCGGACCUGAACAGACCAUGAUUGCCAUUUGUCCAUACUCUCCACUGAUCACCUUCCCUCAAAAUAUUAUUCAAUCCUCCCUCCGUCAUCCAUGGCGGAUUCCACCUUCUUGUUUCUGACGCACACCUUACAAUAUUUGGAUAAUAAAUCAUGUCGGUAGCCUAAAUACAACUUUCAACGCAUUUAUUUUGAAUUUGAAAAACAUGCACCUCUUCUUUCGUCUUCUUCUACAAAUCUCUGUGCAAACACAUGCCAAAAUCACACAUUUCGAUAUUUUAUUGCUCUGAAGGUUGCUGUACUACUAUCGAUUUCUGCUUCGCUGAUUCUCACUGUCUAUCUAUCUACUACAUUUAAUUAAUUAAUGCUUCAAGAUUCCCGCAAUCCCAACUUCAGUUUCUCUCUCUUUCUAAAUUUUUACACCGGCAUCGUUUAUCCCUCUCCAUUAAUGCGUUUGCAGACUGCGAUGUUAUACAUGUAUGGAAGCGUAUUCAUAGAUCUGGCAAGUUUUGAUAUGGGUUUACAAGUCCAGGUGCAGCAGAGACAAUGAUACGAAAACUGGGUUUAGGGUUUGGGGGGCGAUUGAUGAUAUUGUGUUACUGACAUGGGCUGCAGACCUUCCAAAGUUGACGAUUUGCCAUUGGUGAUACGUUGUAGAGAGAGGAAGAGAUUGAUCAAGUCCGCCGCGGAUUACCGGUACGAUUUGUCUUCUUCGCAUCUGGCUUACUUUCAUUCUCUUAGAGACAUCGGUUUUGCACUUUCUCGAUUUGUUGAUGAACAGCUUGUAAUCCCCUCACCCUCUCCAUCCUCCCCGGUACUGACAUUGCCAUCUGACCAAGGUAAGACUAAAAACAAUGGCUCCAUGUCUUCUGGUUCGAUUUCUCAUAUUCAUUCCAUAGAUGGUGGAAAUGGGGAUUCUGAAUCUGAUCUGAGUUCAUCUCUGGAUGGCCAUAUUCAUCUGCAUGAUAGUGGUGGUUUUGAAAAUGAAAAACCCCGAUCUUCCUCGCAUAAUCGGCCCCAUCACUACAACGAAUUGGAUUCAAAUGACCCUUAUGUAAUGAACAGAGAGCCACCACCCUAUCAACCUCCUUGGGGACCAAACCAAACAAAUUUCAGUGAUCCUUAUGCAAUGAACAGAGGACAACCUCCCUAUCAACCUCCUUGGGGCGACCCUUAUGUUGUGAACCCAUCUGCAUUCCCAUAUCAACCUCCUUGGGGACCAAACCAAACUAGUUGGGGCGAGAAUGACCCUUACAAUUACAUGAUGAACCCAUCUGCUUCACAAUAUCAACCUCCAUGGGGAGCAUAUCAAGAGAAUUUUGAUUCUCACAAUGAAUAUGGUGGAAAUCCUAAUUCAAAUCAGUAUGCUUCUUAUAUGAAAAAAUCUGCCCCAGCUACCCGCACUGUGAUUCAACCAGAGGAAGCAAGGGGCUUUCAAGAAACUAGGCAAUGGCCUGAUCCAUCACAAUAUAAUCCAUAUGGGUAUGGAUUUUCUUAUGGAGGGGCACCAGCACCACCUCCCCAAGAACCUGAAAAACCCAAAAGUCCCCCACCUCCUCCUCCACCCAAGGAUUCUGAUUAUCUUAACUUUUUUGAUGCGUAUGAUAACGGGUAUCCUGGUUAUGGAUACGGAUAUGGAUCAAUGGUUAGUAGUCCAGAUUCGAGUGAAGUGAGAGAGAGGGAGGGAAUUCCAGACUUGGAAGAAGAAACAGAAACCGAGUCCAAUCAUGAAGAAGUUCUAAAGAGGCACACCACUAAUAAUAUAAAGAGAAAUUUAGGUGAAGGCACAUCAAGAUCAGUUGGAUUAGAAGAUAAUGUAGGUAGUUCAUGGAGGGAACAUUCUAGAAGAAUCCCACCAAGAAAAAGUGAAAUGGAAACACAUGAUGAAGCUACUUUGAAUUCAGUAGCAUCGGAAAAUAAUGAGAGAGCACAAUCUGUUGAAAUUGAAGUAGACAGGCAUAGUCCUGAGACAGUUGUUUCACAAAGCAUGGGGGAGGGGUAUGAGGGUAAAAAGGGAGUUAGUUUUGAUGUAGAUGAGGAAUCCAUACAUGAGAUUGAAUCCUCAAUGUUAAGUAGUUUGACAACAUUAUCUGUUCAUGGUUCUCGGGAUCUUCAAGAGGUAGUUAAUGAAAUCAAGGAUGAAUUUGAGGUUGCCUUUGGUUAUGGGAAAGAGGUUGCCUUGAUGCUUGAAGCAGGGAAGUUGCCUUAUCAAUCAAGGUUUGCAGUUCUUAAGGUGGUCUUAUCGAAGAUUCUGUAUCCUUUAGCAUCUUCAGAGCAUCCAAUACAAUCUGUAAGAUCGUGUUCUAGGGUAACAAAAUUAGCAGGGUCUUAUAAUGUGGAUGCAGUUCCCAAUGUUAGGUCCAUCAACCUUUCUUCUACUUUGGAGAAGCUAUAUGUAUGGGAAAAGAAGUUAUACAAGGAAGUAAAGGAUGAAGAGAGGCUGAGGGUGAUGUACGAGAAGAUGUACAAGAGACUGAAUGAAUUGGAUGCAAAUGGAGCAGAAUCUAGUAAGAUCGAUGCUGCACAGGCUUCUAUACGAAGGUUGAUGACUAAACUAAACGUAUCCAUCAAAGCCAUUGAUGCCAUAUCUACCGAGAUACACAAAGUCAGGGACAAAGAACUGCAGCCACAAGUCAGCGACUUGAUCUACGGACUGAUAAGAAUGUGGCAAGCGAUUGUGAAAUGCCACCGGAAACAAUUCGAAGCUCUCAUGGAAAGCAGAAGCCGAACUUUACGAACAAACACAACAACAAAGCUUGAACAAGAUUCAAACUCCAGAGCUGUAGUCGAUCUUGAAACCGGACUCGUAACGUGGUCCCAACAUUUCAACAACUGGAUCAACGCCCAAAAAUCAUACAUUGAUUCCCUAAACGGGUGGCUAAACCAAUGCAUCGAUCACCAACCGGAACUAACCAUCGAUGGCGUCGUCCCUUAUUCCCCGGCCCGUCUCGGGGCCCCACCAAUUUUCGUAAUCUGCAAUGAUUGGCACCGCGAAAUCAAAUCCGUUUCCCAAGAUCGCGUCUCCAAUGCUAUACACGGGUUUGCGUCUAAUCUCAGACAGUUGAUGGAGAGGCAAGACGAUGUGCAAAGGAUUAUGGUGAAAAAUGAGUAUCAUGCAAAGGAUUUGGCUGGAAUCAGGAAGAAGACUGGCGGCGGUGGGUUGCCGGAAAAGACGAGUGGGCCGAUGGUUCCGUCGGAAAGUGGGGUGGUGGAGGAGGAAUGGGCGAGGCAUAAGGAGGCUAUGAAGUUGGUUGCUGGUGGUGGUGGUUUGAGUAGUUUACAAGGUGGUGUGAUUCCAAUUUUUAGGGCUUUAGAGACUUUUACUUGUGAUGCGUUAAAAGCUCAUGAGCAGGUAAGACUGCAAGGCUAAAUUAGGAAAUUUGUGGGAAGAAGCUAAUUUUAAAAUGAAUUCUUUUGGUAAGACUAGAGAGUAGACAGUAGUAGUAGUUGUAGGAUAUUAUUGAACAUGUUUGGGUGUUGGGUGUUGUUAGCCAUUCCUUUUGAACCAUAGUCUAGACUAGACUAAUGUACAGACAUAUUGCUGAUAUUUUUGUUUUAAAUUAGUAAAACCUUAGACAGUAAUUGGUUGAUUAUUAUUGCAAGGUAUAUUGUACAAGAUUUUGUAAAUUAUGGUUGUUAUAUUAUAUAGAG